CUUUUGGGGUUUAAAAUAAAUUAACCGGUAAUGGACGUAAUAAUGUGCACUUUAGGUAUUUAUAGGCCUACAGCUUCUUUGAACCACAUCUACUAUUUGCGCAACAAGUGAGACACCACUAGAUGACGUCCUUUUUAUGGAUUCACAGACACUUAUGAAGUCUGUUGAUGCGUUUUUUGUCAAAAAUAUUGUAUAGUGUAAAGGGAUUCAUGCAAAGUGCAAAUGCGUUGUAUAGCUGCCAGUGCCAGAUUACAUGUCCGCACAUAUUAAGAGGCUGUAGCCUAAUUAAAAAUGUUCACUAUAAAUGACAGCUGAAAAUAAGAACCAAUCUGCACACUUCAUAUUAACGAACUAUUAUUACACUCGUUUACAUUGGGCUUGAAACUACAGCGAGAUUGUCUUUAAAGGGAGGAUUUAUAAUUCAGACAGCUGAGCCAGCAGUCCAUAACUCUGUGGGCUCACUUUCAAAUGCAUUUUUCUACCAUUUAUGUCCCCUCGAAUUUCACAAUUCUUUAAAGCUCUCUCUCAAUUAUAGAUUUCUAUCAAGUAAGGGUGGAAAACAGCCGGAUGGCUGCUCCUGGAGGCGCAUUCUCUGCAGCGCUUAGGCGGUCACAAGACUUGGACAUCGGUGAACAAAAACAUCGACACACUGACAGGUCAGCUAGAAGCUUACAGGCCCACAGAUUCUUCUCUUCUCUGCAUCCAACAUCCACCAAGUUGGUCCAUUUGGAAAACUACUUUCUUGCGCGCUGCCGUGCCACACUCUUUGUCGUUCGUUUUUUUAUUGGGAAUGUAAGUGGAGCUCCCUUUGGAUGUUAAAACCAUUACUCGGUCUGGAAAGGGUCUUUUCUAUUUGGAGUUGAGUAGUCCUGUAAAACUAAAACUAGAGAUGCUUUGGUGCGUAAAGGAGGGGCGCAUGCCAAAGUGAGCGAAUGCCACUGGAAGAAAUUGCACCCAAGAUGUCAACAUUGCUUUACCACCCACUCGAAAUCGAUUGUAUUACCUUCAAGAAGGUGGCUCCUCGUAUAAAUAGGGACGCAUUAUUUCAAGAAAGACGGUGGUGAGCACAAUCUACUGGCUGUUCUCUCUCUCUCUCCUGUCGGGACCACAGACAACGCCUGGAAGAAUUUGCUGAAGACAACUGUGUCCACUCUCCAGGACAUAAGCAUCUUUAACUCCUAAACGAACAGUGAAGUCAUGCAGGUGGAGAGGAAAUGGCACAUACUGUUGACUAUCUUCUUUCUGCUCAUCACCUCGGGCCAGUGUAUGGACAGCAAGGAUGUCAAGCAGAAAGAAAGAAGGACCCUGUUGGAUCUAAUCUUACAGGUUAUCAGAGAUAGCCAACGACAGGAGAAAGCCGUCUCCAGGCGCUGUAGCAGUGGACUCUUCACUUCAGCCCAAGACAUGAAGUUCUCCUCCCGUGAAAAGCCUUUCUAUGCUCCUAGGCUGGAUAACAGUAGACUCAUAGAAAUUGUUCCUAGAGAUGUAAACAUGAAAGGCAAAUUUAUUCAGCAUUUCACAGCAGGACCAGUCAAGUUCUCGUCGGAGUGCAGAACACACUUUCAUAGACUUUAUCACAACACAAGGGAUUGCUCAAGACCAGCAUAUUACAAAAGAUGUGCAAGAUUGCUAACACGACUAGCAAUGAGUCCACUCUGCAUGCAAUCAUAGAUACUGCAUGUAAGUCCCAAAAUAAUGGAAGAGGGAUCAAUGGUCAACAUGUUGCCAAGGAAGUGCCUUCAAAUUCACAGCAGUCAUGUGAACAUUGUUGUGUUUAUUGUGUUUCUAUUUUUGUUGUUCUUGUUGUCAUUACUGAAAAUGCUGAUGGACAUUAUUGGUUGUUGUUGAAUGGAUUUGCUUUUAUUUACCUGUCUGUACCAUAUAUUUGUAAGGAAACAUUAAUUUAAUAUUAAAUACACCUAUUUAUUGAAA